AGAGAGAGAGAGAGAGAGAAAUAUUUCCACCCACCCAGCAAGGAGACUCACUCAUAAACGGCAUUCAGGCUGACUGGGAGUCAGAAAGACACCGGAUCUCAGGUCAGCAGCAGUUACAGUCAGGGUGGCAGGGAGAAAAAGUGCUUAGUUCAGAUAGAAGAUGUUUUAUUAAAGGAAAUCUAAAGAGCACACUAAGAAACACAGAAGCUUAACCCCUGAAAGUAACUUAUAAUAGAAAAAGAGUGCAAUAAUUGACCGAAUUAGCCCAAAUCAAAUACACACACAUAUUGACACACUAGUGCUGUUGCGGAGAGAGAGCGUGUGAGUGUGUGAGCAAAGUCUGCUGAGUGGGGAGGAGGCCUGUUCAACUCCUACAAGCAGAGCGCCGGUGGAGGAAAAAACCAGAGAGUGGAUGGAUGCCUUUUGCAGACUGAGUGGCCUGGACCCUCUGUGGGACUGGAACCGAACAUGGUACACCGCUAACCCAGACCUGACCCAGUGUUUCCAGAACACAGUUCUAGUGUGGGUCCCCUGUGUCUACCUAUGGUUGUUGGUCCCUUUCUACUGUGUUCACCUCUACUGUCAUGACCGUGGACGGAUUCAGAUGUCCUGGCUCUGCAUCGCCAAAAUGGUGUUGGGUUUUCUGCUCGCCUCUUUUGGUUUUGUUGAGUUCUUCUACAUCCUACUAGAAAGAAGUCAAGACAUCCAGCAUCACAUGGUCUUUCUACUUAGCCCCAUCAUACGCAGCAUGACAGUGAUCCUGGCAUUAUGCAUCAUCCAGUUGGAAAGAAUAAGAGGCUGUCGCUCCUCCGUUUUUCUCUUUUUGUUCUGGGUCUUGUCUGUUAUUUGUUCCCUGGUACCUUUAAGGGCAAAGAUCCAGCUGGCCAUAGAUGAGGGCAUUGCGUCUGAUAUCGUACGUUACCUCGCCUUCUUCUCCUACUUCUCGAUCCAACUGGCCCAGCUCUUCCUGUGCUGUUUUGCGGACCAGGCUCCACAGGGAAAACCAAUCUUGGAAAAGAACCCUUGUCCCGUGGAAGAUGCCUCUUUCCUCUCGAAGAUCCUCUUCUGGUGGUUCACUGGGCUUGUUGUCAAAGGGUAUCGCACCCCGCUGGAGGCAGAGGACCUGUGGACCCUUAGAGAGGAAGACACCUCACACAAGAUCAUCUCUGAGCUGCAACAGGACUGGAAAACUGAAUGUGCCAAACUACAAAAGCAGCAGAAGGCCUUAGCGUCUGGUGCAGCUUUGGGCAGCAGGCUACCAGACCAGGCUCAGCUCCUCAGGAAGCUGCAGAAGGAGCAAAGCUCUGGGUUUUUCCUGCUCAGGACUCUGGCACGCAAGUUUGGUCCAUAUUUCCUGACUGGCACCUUGUGUAUCAUAUUCCAUGAUGCCUUCAUGUUCGCCAUCCCUCAGGUCUUGAGUCUUCUUCUGGGCUUCAUGAGGGAUGAGGACGCUCCUCUAUGGAAGGGCUACUUCUACGCCACUCUCAUGUUUCUCCUCUCCUGCCUUCAGUCCCUCUUCAACCAUCAGUACAUGUACACCUGCUUCACAGUUGGCAUGAGGGUGAAGACAGCAGUCAUGGGCUUGGUCUACAGGAAGUCUUUAGUGAUAAACAGCUCUGCCAGGAGGACCUGCACCGUAGGUGAGAUUGUGAAUCUGGUCUCAGCAGAUACUCAGAAACUCAUGGAUUUUGUGGUCUACUUCAACGCUGUCUGGCUGGCUCCUAUCGAGAUUGCUCUCUGUCUCUUCUUCCUCUGGCAGCAUUUAGGCCCAUCUGCUUUGGCAGGAAUUGCCACCGUCAUCCUCAUUUUCCCACUCAACGGAUUCAUUGCAAAGAAAAGGAGCAAGCUGCAGGAGAUUCAAAUGAAGUUCAUGGAUGGCCGCAUAAGACUGAUGAACGAAAUCUUGAAUGGAAUAAAGAUCUUGAAGUUUUACGCCUGGGAGAAGGCUUUCCUGGAGCAGGUUUUGGGCUACAGAGAGAAGGAGCUCAGGGCCCUGAAAAAGUCUCAGAUUCUUUACUCCAUCUCCAUUGCCUCAUUCAAUUCUUCAUCUUUUUUGAUUGCCUUUGCCAUGUUUGGAGUCUAUGUAACGCUGGAUGACAGAAAUGUCCUGGAUGCACAGAAGGUGUUUGUCUCCAUGGCAUUGAUCAACAUUUUGAAGACUCCACUCAGCCAGCUGCCGUUUGCAAUUAGCACAACUAUGCAGGCUCUAGUUUCACUGAGACGUCUGGGAAAGUACCUAUGCUCAGAGGAACUGAGGGUGGACAAUGUCUCAAAGGCUCCAUUGAGCUCUGAGGGUGAAGAUGUGAAAAUAGAGAAUGGCUCAUUCAGCUGGACUCCCGAGGGUCCACCAUGCCUCAAACGAAUAAAUGUUUGUGUGCCACGAGGCUCCCUUGUUGCUGUGGUUGGACAUGUGGGCAGUGGAAAGUCCUCUUUGUUGUCUGCCAUGCUUGGUGAAACAGAGAAAAGAAGCGGCCAAGUCACUGUUAAGGGCACAUUAGCAUAUGUGCCACAGCAGGCCUGGAUCCAGAACGCCACAGUCCAGGACAAUAUAUUAUUCGGUUGCGAGAAGUUAAAAACAUGGUACCAACGUGUGCUGGAGGCCUGUGCCCUUCUACCUGACCUAGACAUCUUACCAGCUGGAGAUGCAACAGAAAUUGGAGAAAAGGGGCUUAACCUUUCGGGGGGGCAAAAGCAGAGGGUGAGCCUUGCCAGAGCUGUCUACAGAAAGGCAGACGUAUAUUUGAUGGAUGAUCCACUUUCUGCUGUUGAUGCGCACGUGGGUCAACAUAUCUUUGAUAAAGUCAUUGGGCCAAAAGGAGUCCUUAGAGACAAGACCCGCAUACUUGUGACCCAUGGGAUGAGCUUCCUCCCUCAAGCUGACCUCAUCCUUGUUCUGGUAGAUGGUGAAAUCACAGAAAGCGGUUCAUACCAGGAGCUACUCAGUCGUCACGGUGCUUUUGCAGACUUCAUUCACACUUUUGCGAGCACAGAACGAAAAGAGAGUGUCAUACAGAGAGCUGGUUCUAGAAGAUCCAAUGCACGACUCAGCAUGGUCGACUUCAUGCCUUUUUCCAGAGACCUCUCGCAGGAGCAGCUCAUUGGAGGUGAUAGCACUAAUACCAACUUGCAAAAUAUGGAGCCUGUUUCUGAAACUGACCAGGAUCAGAUCCCUGAGGACUUAGGGAAAUUAACUCAGGUGGACAAAGCUCACACUGGACGAGUGAAGUUGGAGUUGUACAAAAAGUACUUCAAGACCAUUGGUUUGGCUAUCAUAAUUCUCAUCGUCUUCCUUUACGGCUUCCAGCAAGGAGCCUCUCUGGCCUACAACUACUGGCUCAGUAUGUGGGCUGAUGAUCCGGUUAUUAACGGCACACAGAUUAAUACCGAUCUCAAACUGUCUGUUUUUGGAGCUCUUGGAUUUGUACAAGGAGUUGCCAUCUUUGGUACAACUGUUGCCAUCUCCAUCUGUGGCAUCAUUGCUUCCCGGCAGCUGCACAUGGACCUGCUGGUCAAUGUUCUUCAUUCUCCAAUGUCAUUUUUCGAGUCCACGCCCAGCGGAAACCUCCUGAACCGCUUUGCUAAAGAGAUCGAUGCCAUUGACUGCAUGGUCCCUGAAGGGUUGAAAAUGAUGCUGAGCUAUGUCUUUAAACUUCUGGAAGUCUGCAUCAUUGUGCUCAUGGCAACACCUUUUGCAGCUGUGAUCAUCUUGCCUCUUGCUUUCCUUUACGCCUUUGUCCAGAGCUUCUAUGUUGCCACAUCCUGUCAGCUGCGGCGACUGGAAGCUGUUAGCCGCUCACCCAUCUACACCCACUUCAAUGAGACGGUGCAGGGUGCCAGCGUGAUCCGAGCUUUCGGAGAGCAGCCCAGGUUCAUUAUGCAGGCUAACGAAAAGGUCGACUUCAAUCAAACCUCCUAUUUUCCCCGCUUUGUUGCCACACGGUGGUUGGCGGUCAAUCUGGAGUUUGUCGGUAACGUUGUGGUCCUAGCUGCUGCCAUUCUUUCAGUGAUGGGGAGAAGCACCCUGAGUCCAGGCAUUGUUGGUCUAGCAGUGUCACAUUCUCUCCAGGUGACUGGAAUUCUCAGCUGGAUCGUACGGUCUUGGACUGAUGUGGAAAAUAACAUUGUUUCUGUGGAGAGAGUCAACGAAUAUGCCGAAACACCCAAGGAGGCCAGCUGGAGUACAGAGGGCAGCCCUCUGCCAACAGCUUGGCCCCAGAGUGGCACCAUGGAGUUCCAGGAUUAUGGGCUGCAGUACAGGAAAGGCCUUGAGCUUGCUCUUAAAGACAUUACACUGCAUAUCAACCAAAGAGAGAAGGUUGGAAUUGUGGGUAGAACAGGAGCUGGUAAGUCCUCACUUGCACUGGGAAUCUUCCGGAUCCUGGAGGCUGCAAAGGGAAAAAUCUUUAUUGAUGGAGUGAAUAUUGCAGACAUUGGACUCCACGACCUCAGAUCCCGCAUAACAAUUAUUCCUCAGGAUCCUGUGCUGUUCUCGGGCUCCCUCAGGAUGAACCUGGACCCCUUUGACACUUACACAGAUGAGGAAAUAUGGAGCUCCCUGGAGCUUGCACACCUCAAAACAUUUGUGUCAAAUCUGCCUGACAAACUCAACUAUGAAUGCUCAGAGGGAGGGGAAAACCUCAGUUUGGGUCAGCGCCAGCUAGUCUGCUUGGCCAGAGCUUUGUUGCGGAAAACCAAGAUCCUGGUUUUGGAUGAAGCUACAGCUGCUGUGGACCUGGAAACGGACACUCUCAUUCAGUCGACAAUCCGCACACAGUUUGAGCACUGCACCGUGCUCACUAUUGCUCAUCGACUUAACACUAUCAUGGACUACACAAGAGUGAUCGUUAUGGAUAGAGGCCACAUUUCUGAGAUGGACUCUCCAGCCAACCUUAUCUCAAAGCGGGGCCAGUUUUACAGAAUGUGCUUGGAAGCUGGGCUGGUUUAGGUCUCUCUGUACAAAUGAACUGAUAGCUUCCAUGCACAAAUGUGGGAAUUUUUCUGUGCAACCGUAUGGAAAAUAUUAAAUUGGGCCCUUUAAAACUUUGUGGCAACUCCAAACUAUUACAACAAGGGCAUUGUCAAUGAAUCUCAUGAGCAGCUGCUGACACAGUCCUUGUAGCAAACACAAAGGCACUCUGUCUUUUUUUCAGAACAAGACAGUUGUUAAUCUCAGAGGAGUAAUAUUAAAUCAAUGCUAUAAAUGAUUGUUGGGUCUUAAAGCUUAAAGAAUAAUGUACAUAGAGCAGUGAAGGUUCAGAAGACAAAGGCUUGAAGAGUUCCACAAAUCUUUAUGAUUAAUUUUUAUUCUCUUUAGGGAUAGGAGAUGUGUUAUGUGUGUUGUUUUUUUGUGUGUCUAUAAAGCACAAGAUGUUUGUUGACAUUUUCUCAGGCAUAGACAUUGAUGUUUACUCACAUUUUAGCCUUUUAUACUAAAAAAGAGGCACUUUUGUACUUGCAAACUGACAGAAGUCUACAUUUGUGUCUUCUCCUCCCAUAAAUUGGGUCAGGAAAUAUUUUGACACACUAACCUUUGCAGGGUUCAUGCUGGCAAAUGUGAUGGCAGUGAGGUUUUCACAGCCUUCAAAAUGUAAAACUUAAGGCCAUUUCUAUUUUCAUAUGUCAGUACGACGGAGGAAAAAAAACAGUGAAGUAGACCGAAGCAUUAACAGUGGUCCAACUAUGUUGUGGCUGUUGGUUUAUUUUAGACAAAGUAAACACAUAAAAAAGGCAAGAGCGACCCUGUCGGUUAGGUUUAACCUGAAACCAACAGUGAAAACCACCAUGCAUGAAGAGAAUGCCUCUCUAAAACAAUGGUGAUACAUCUCUAUUGGAUCCUCGCUCUGCUUAAGCCACACCAUACACAAAGAGGGAGAAGAAAAACACCUCUUAAGGUGCUGACAUUACAGACUGUAAAUAGUCCACUCAAGUCUUGAUUCAAGGAAAGAACCCCAUGAACUUUCCAAAGAGAAGAAGUAUUUACUGUUUUUGUCUUACUGGUUUAGACAAUGUGUUUAAAGAGAAGCCCAGUGUUUAUUUAUGUUGUUGGUCAAAAAUGUUUAAAGUGUCCUUAAAAUUCUGAGGAAUAUAUUAUAUUUAUACUUUUUAUAAGAGGCUUGUUUAUUUUCACUGACCUUUUAAGUACUGUCUUGUUCUAUAUAAUGCUGGAUAAUAAAUUUUAUUUGAAUCUGUG